AUGCCAGGAGUGGUUUCGAAACUAAGUCAUUUCACUUCAUGCUCACCAAGGGCCACAGUCCGAGUAGGGUUGCAGCCGGUUACAUAUAUCGCCAGUAGUAGCCGAGUCUACUCUCUUCCAAAAGACUGGAAAGGAACACAGCCCGAGGAAAGUACCAUCAAGCGGGCCAAGGCAGGAGACGCGACAGACCCGUCAGCGGCAGCAACAGCAGCAGGUAUGAAGGAAAGAGAGGUGAAUGAAGGGGUUGCAGAUGACUCGAAGUCGCAAGGGACAACAGAACGAGGCGGUCGCAAACAUGGCGAAAAGGCGAAGAGAGAACAUCCGAAGGCACCUGAGCCGAUUAUUGGGAUGAAUGAUGAACGAGGGCAGAAAGGCAACUAG